AUGCCGCUCAGCACCGCAAUGUUGGAGGUCAUCAACUUCAAUGCAGUCCCCCUGGUCCCCCUGAAUGAUGACCUGUCAGUUUCGCCCAUGGAGAGGCACCGGCAGCAUGAAGCGUUGAAGACCCAAAUGAAACAGAACCCACCCUUGUGCAUCGUGGGCUCCAUGGGCAAGCUGAACAAAAAGAUCGCCCAGAUAGACCUGAAGACCAAACUUCACAAGACCAGCAUUCACAGCAACAUCCUGAUCAUUGAGAAACUGGAGGCUGAGAAGAAGCUGAGAGAGCAGCAGCGCCUGUUGGGAGAGAAAGAGAAGACAAACAAAGUCAAGAAAAAGCUGCCUAAGUUUUUCCCAAUGACUCCAUCGACUUCCAAUAUUCCCUAUGCUGGGUCGAAAAAGCGAACACAAAAGGAUGGGCUAGCUGAGCUGUACCAGGCCCCAGAGUACAAUGAGGAGCAAUCCAAUGAGCUGCCAAACAGGGUGAACUACUGUGACAUGGUGGGCAACGUCAUCCGGGCACAGGAAAGCACCAUCAGUGGCAAGGCCUUCUGCGCACCAGAAGAAAUGACCCGAUUCUUUGCAUCUCCGUUUUCAAAGGCUAUCGUGCUGGAUUGUUUCUGGUGGAUCUUUCAUGAAAGAUAUGAUCCAGACAAGGAGAUCCAGAGGAAGCUAUUUGACCGCGUGUCAAAGAACUAUGCUCAUCUCCUGGUGAACAUGCCCAAGUCGCCAUACGAAGAAAUCAUCCUAAGAAUUUUCCCAUCCCUCCUGAGCCAAGUCCUGUACACCAGCUUCUGCACCUGCUUCCCACAGUCGUGGUUUAACAACCACGAAUUCAAAACUUGCAUCUGUAACACAAUGAAUCAGUGGAUUGGAGGCACGUUCCCAAGCCCAAGGAGCUAUGAACAUUGGAACUACUUUGAGCUGGAGCCGGUCCGAUUCCGCAGAGAAGAAUUGAUGAGAAGCAAAGAAAAGUUUGCUGGCAGCAACAGGCAGAAGAUUGCCAUGCAGAUCUCCAUGUCGGAGCCCCGCUCAAAGAGCCAGAGACAGGCCUCCAAGAAGGUCAGGGAGAUCACGGAGAUGAGGUUCUUGGAGAGGUCGGCUCAGAACGAGUCUCACCCAGCCUGCAAGGGACCAGAAUUUACAAAAAACCUGUUCAGCAUUACUGGCAACAGCCCACUGAUUGUUCACUACCUUCAGCAGAAUAAUGCUUAUCAACAGGCUGGCCAAGACAUCUUGAUGGUCCGGCGUGAUAUGACCAAGACUAUGCCAGAGGGCACAGCAACCUAUAGAGACGUGAUCCGGCAGGUCAGGGCUAACAUGAUGAAACUGAGCAAGGACACCAAGAGCCUGCAGAUGAUGCACUGGAAGGAGUGGAAGGUGUUCGACCAGAUCCAGAAGGAUCUGCAGGCCGAGUUCAUCAGGAAAGUGAGAGACGUCAGCGCAAAAACGUUAGAAAAGAAGAAGAUGAAUCACUAUUUCAUCCCCCCUCCGGUUUUCCAGGAGGAACUUUAUGAUCAAUUUGGAAAAAUCUUUAAAGUGGAUGAAGUACAUGACAGGGCUGUGCACACAGUCCCCCAGCUGAAAAUGAGAAGCUAGGCCUAAGACUCCGAGUUGAGUCACUAACCCUUCCCGGUUCCUUCAGCCAUGCACAUUAAAGUUGGGCCCCAUCCAGGGCCAUGGAGGCUGUGGCAAACAGGGGCCCCUGGAGGCUGAGUGCUAGGGGUGGAGGCUUUGGGACUUGGAAAGAAUCCCACACCCUCGAGUCACUGAGGCUUGAGCGUGUCCUGAGAGGGUGAGCUCAGGCCCCGCAUUGAAGUGUUUAUUUUAAAAUUGAAUAGAUUCAGAAGAGAACUUAUUUUCCUUCUCCAGCCCAUCUUUUCCUUUCUAAAAUUCCUGAUUUCUGUUGAGAGACACACCAUGCUCCUGGUCACGCUAGGCUGUCUUAGUCUUCCCUCUCACCUUCACAUCCAUCCCAUCCUGUUGAUUUGAACCCCUCGUUCAGACCUUUGUUACCUCUGCCUGGCCUACUGUAAUGACCUCCAUCCUCUUUCCUCUCAAACUUGCCUUUUUAAAAAAUUUUCUCCUGAUCCCAUAUUUUGAUGGCUAGACCGCAUUCAGCAGACAAGGAAAGCACUAUGAAAUGCAAUCCCGGAAUACCAUUGGGCUACUCAGGGAACUGCCCUGAUAGUCCAGGGGAUGUUCUGUUUUUAUCUUUUAGCCACUGGUAACAGAAAGGAACGGUCUAUGCUGACUAUCACUGGAAUUUUGCCUUACUGUGGUCAUUGUGGAUCGCAGUUUUCAUAGCUGUCUCCAGCCUUUAUCUUUGUUCCUUCCUUCUUCUUGAGUUGUCCCACGUGCCUCUGAAUUCUCCCCUUUUGUCAUUCUUGAAAGUGUAGUGAUCCACGACAUUCCACAAAGCACACUUUGUUCCAUCAUUCCUCAGUCGUGGGGCAUGUGUUGUUGUCAUGAAUAAUACUGCUAUGAACAUUUAUUUACAAA